AGCAGCUCGAGGGCCUCUCCGUCUCCGCGACUCGGCGCUGCCUCUCUCGUUCGCCUCUCCCUCUCGUGCGAUCCUCUCUCGGUUGCAGACUUUGUCGGAGUAGUCGUGUUUGUUUUGAGUCCUAAUCACCAUGGGGAAAGAGAAGGUUCACAUCAGCAUUGUGGUCAUUGGCCAUGUUGAUUCCGGCAAGUCGACCACCACCGGUCAUCUCAUCUACAAGCUGGGUGGUAUUGACAAGCGUGUGAUCGAGAGGUUUGAAAAGGAGGCUGCAGAAAUGAACAAGAGGUCAUUCAAGUAUGCCUGGGUUCUGGACAAGCUGAAGGCCGAGCGUGAGAGAGGGAUUACCAUUGAUAUUGCUCUUUGGAAGUUUGAGACCACCAAGUACUACUGCACUGUGAUUGACGCUCCCGGACAUCGUGAUUUUAUCAAGAACAUGAUCACUGGAACCUCCCAGGCUGACUGUGCUGUUCUCAUCAUUGAUUCGACCACUGGUGGUUUCGAAGCUGGUAUCUCUAAGGAUGGCCAGACUCGUGAGCAUGCUCUGCUUGCUUUUACUCUUGGAGUCAAACAGAUGAUUUGCUGCUGCAACAAGAUGGACGCAACCACCCCCAAGUAUUCCAAGGCCAGGUAUGAUGAAAUCGUGAAGGAGGUUUCUUCUUACCUCAAGAAGGUCGGAUAUAACCCUGAGAAGAUACCUUUCGUUCCUAUCUCUGGAUUCGAGGGUGACAACAUGAUUGAGAGGUCUACCAACCUGGACUGGUACAAGGGCCCAACUCUUCUUGAAGCCCUCGACCUGAUCCAGGAGCCCAAGAGGCCCUCAGACAAGCCCCUUCGUCUUCCUCUUCAGGAUGUCUACAAAAUUGGAGGCAUUGGUACUGUUCCAGUCGGCCGUGUCGAGACUGGUGUCCUCAAGCCUGGUAUGGUUGUCACAUUUGGUCCCACAGGUCUGACCACUGAAGUCAAGUCAGUUGAGAUGCACCACGAAGCCCUUCAGGAAGCCUUGCCUGGUGACAAUGUUGGCUUUAACGUGAAGAACGUUGCUGUUAAGGAUUUGAAGAGAGGUUUCGUUGCAUCUAACUCAAAGGAAGAUCCUGCUAAGGAAGCUGCCAGCUUCACGUCCCAGGUCAUCAUCAUGAACCACCCUGGUCAGAUUGGAAAUGGUUACGCCCCUGUUCUCGACUGCCACACUUCCCACAUUGCUGUCAAGUUUUCCGAGAUCCUCACCAAGAUCGAUAGGCGAUCCGGAAAGGAGCUCGAGAAGGAGCCUAAGUUCCUCAAGAAUGGUGAUGCUGGCUUCGUGAAGAUGAUUCCUACUAAGCCCAUGGUCGUGGAAACAUUCGCCCAGUAUCCUCCUCUCGGGCGGUUUGCCGUGAGGGACAUGCGCCAGACUGUGGCUGUCGGAGUCAUCAAGAGUGUCGAGAAAAAGGAUCCCACCGGUGCUAAGAUCACCAAGGCUGCAGUCAAGAAGAAGUGAGCAAGUUAAGGAUCAACUGCAACUUAGUAGUGUUUGUUUCUUUGUUACUGUUCUUUGUCUUCCCGACAGUUUGAUCGGCACCUGCAACUUAGCUGCCUGGGAGAAUUUAGUUCUUCUCCUGGGUUAUGAACCUUUCGCAGAGUUAAAUUAUUUGCUUUUAGACUUGUUUA